ACGCGCUGGAUGUCACGUGAGGUCACAUGGGCAAGCACAACAUUUCUAAUGUAAAUAAAACAUGAUCCACAUCUACUUUGCGUGUGUGUUUUUAUUUGUCGAUACCGUGUUUUCUGGCCAUGUCGGAACACAAAUAAAAACAAAUGACAGACCAAUAAUCGGUGUUCUCUCGCAGGAUGUGUUUCACCCUCAGCCUCACAGAAACUCUUUGAUCGCGGCGUCUUACGUCAAGUUUCUGGAGUCUGCCGGCGCUCGUGUGGUUCCGCUGAUGAUCAAUAAGACUGAUGAUGAAUACACAAGGCUGUUUAAAUCCAUAAAUGGAGUUCUUUUCCCUGGAGGCGGAGUCAGUUUAAAAUCAUCCGGCUAUUCCAAAGCAGCGGCCGUUUUCUACAGACUCGCUCUCGAGGCCAAUUCAAAUGGUGAUUAUUUCCCUGUAUGGGGAACCUGUUUAGGAUUUGAACUGCUCACACUGCUAACAAGUGGGGAGUUGCUGCUGUCCCACACCAACACUAGUGGUGUCGCCUUGCCACUGAACUUCACAGCCGAUGUCAGAGACAGUAGACUGUUCAAAGACUUCCCUGAGGAUCUCAUGGAAUCACUGGCAUCAGAUCCGCUGACGGAGAACUCUCAUCAGUGGAGCGUCACUACAGAGAAAUUUACCAAGAAUGAAAAACUGAAAAAUUUCUACAGAGUUUUGAGUACCAACACAGAUGGACAAAAUGAGUUUGUGUCCACAGUGGAAGCAUAUGAUUUUCCCAUCUAUGCCACUCAAUGGCACCCAGAAAAGAACGCUUUCGAGUGGACGCGGCCCUACAUUCCCCACACGCCUUCAGCCGUUAAGACCACCUUCUACACGGCUUCAUUUUUUGUGAAUGAAGCGAGGAAGAGUUUUCACAGCUUUGCCAGUGUGGAGGAAGAGAAGAAAGCCUUGAUCUACAACUACAAACCUGAAUACACUGGAACCCAGAGUGCCUUUGAACAGAUCUAUUAUUUUGAUUAGUGUUUUAUUGUUUUUUUAUUAUGUUGAAAUCAUGUAAACAAACAUGUACGAAUACAAAAAUCAUGUGGAAUCUUUAGUGUUAUUAAAACACGUGCUUUGGAAAAGGCACAAAGUGAUGUUUUUAUCUCUUAACUAACACACCUGAUCAUUAAUGUGUUCACCUGCACACACACACACGAACAAUACAGUGCAAUGUUCAAUCAUAUCUAUAACUUCAUAAAAAGUGAUGCAAGUCUCAGUUUUUCUGUAAGAAACAGCAAAUACAACUCUGGAUCAAAAUUCUCUCAUAUUCUGAUCUCUUAAUUGGUCCCAUAACUUUAUUAAAAGUAACCCUUCAAUCUAACCUAAUCUAUGGAUCUCAAAAUGCACACUGUGUGUUUAAUUUUACUGCUGAGCCCUAAAAACAUCCUUCUGAAACAUGAUUUCAAAUCAUAUUUGCUUUAUCUAAAUAAAGAUCUUGAAUAUUA